AUGAAUUUGAUGGGCUCGAGCACAGCAACAAUUGUGAGCCGGGCUCAGGGCCAGGCAGUGUUUCGUUCUGUGGUGGAACACCAAAAACACCUACCAGACGUAAAUCUCACUUCCUUGGUGGAAUUUUUUCUUUUAGGAUUCUCUGAUAUUCCUCAUCUUCAAAUGUUUCUUUUUGGGAUAUUUUUCUUUGCUUAUGUGAUUAUCUUGAUUUUUUAUGUGAUUAUCUUGAUGGGAAAUGGCAUGAUCAUUCUCGUAACAAGGGUUGACAAGGCUCUCCAGACUCCCAUGUAUUUUUUCCUGGUAAAUUUUUCCUUCCUGGAAAUUUGUUAUGUGUCAAUCACUAUUCCCAAAAUGCUCAUGAACCUUUGGACUCAGAAAAGAAACAUUUCUUUGUUUGAAUGUGCUACACAAAUGUGUUUUUUCCUUAUACUGGGAGGUACGGAGUGUUUGCUCCUGGCAGUGAUGGCCUAUGAUCACUAUGUGGCCAUUUGUAACCCUCUGCAUUACCCUCUAGUCAUGAAUCACAGGGUGUGUAUCCAGUUGGUGGCUGGCUCCUGGAUCACUGGAAUCCCAAUUCACAUAGGGCAAACAUGUGAGACUUUCUCUUUGCCUUUUUGUGGAACUAACCAAAUCAACCACUUCUUCUGUGACAUCCCCCCAAUAUUCAAGCUGGCCUGUGGGGACACCUUUGUGAAUGAGAUGUCACUCUACAUACUUGUUGUGUUGUUUAUCACAGUUCCAUUUCUGUUGAUACUUGGCUCCUAUGGCAAAGUCAUCUCCACCAUCCUGAAGUUGCCAUCAGCCACAAGUCGAGCCAAAGCCUUCUCCUCCUGCUCAUCUCAUCUUAUGGUUGUGGCUUUAUUUUUUGGGUCAGGAAUCAUUACAUAUUUUCAACCCAAAUCCAAACACUCUUCUGGAAGAGACAGGUUUCUCUCUCUUUUCUAUACCAUUGUUGUUCCAAUGUUUAACCCCAUGAUAUAUACUCUGAGGAAUAAGGAUGUUAUGGUGGCAUUGAGAAAAGUGCUACCUUAAUGUGUA